AUGGUGAUAUUACUGUCUUCGUUCAAUGGGAGUCCACAAGCUUUGCAGCAAAGUUUCAUUGACGCAAUGGCAAUAUUGCAAAAAUAUGAUAACCCCGAUUUAUUCAUUACUAUGACCUGUAGUCCAAAAUGGAAAGAAAAUGUUGAAAAUCUGAAGCCUGGUCAAACUGCAAUGGAUCGACCAGACCUUAUAGCUAGAGUAUUUUGUCAGAAAGUUAAGGAGCUGAAAGCAGAAUUAAUCGUCAAAGCAGUAUUUGGAAAGUGUGCUGCUUAUGUUUAUGUAAUCGAAUUUCAAAAACGAGGCUUAUCACAUGUUCAUAUAUUGUUUUGGCUAGAGGAAGACAGCAAAAUUCGAGAUGCAGAUGACGUUGACAGAAUAGUUUCGGCCGAGAUACUCGAUAAGACAAGAUAUCCGUUACUGCACGACAUCGUCAAACAAUGUAUGAUUCACGGCCCGUGUGGUCAACAAAAUGGUUAUCCCGUAUAUCGUAGGCAAGAUGACGGAAACCUUAUUGUUUUUGAUGUUAGGAGAGAUGGGACACGUAGAACUGCUAACAAUAGAGACGUUGUGCCGUAUAACGCGUAUUUGUUAUUAAAAUUUAAUAGUCACAUUAACGUCGAGAUAUAUUCGACGGUGCAGUGUAUAAAAUAUUUAUUCAAAUAUUGCUAUAAAGGUCAUGAUUGUGCGAUUGUUGGAAUGGAGAAUGUGCAAGAAGAUUGUAACAUCAUGUACAAUGAGGUGGAUGAAUAUGUAUCGACGCGAUAUGUUAGUCCGCCAGAAGCAAUGCAUCGUCUGUAUGAAUAUCCGAUGAAUGAACAGUCCCAUGCUAUAUACAGAUUAUCAGUUCAUGUAGAAGGUGAACACGUAGUGCAUUUUGAAGAGGGUAAUAAAGAAGUAGCCAUAGAUAAAAACAAGGAAUCUACAUUGCUCGCAUGGUUUACUUUAAACACCACUGAUGUCGAAGCACGUAAAAUGUACUUUGUGAGUUCUGUGGAAACUGAGCGUUAUUAUCUGAGAGUGUUGUUAUUACACGUUCGAGGAGCUCAAUCAUUUCAAGAUGUGUGGACAUAUGGUAGUAUAAUGUAUCCAACCUAUGUUGAAGCGGCAGUUGCGUGCAAAUUAGUUACUGAUGACGAGGAAUGGGACAAAUGUCUUUCUGAAGCAUCAAAAAUAUUGGCGAAGGCGGAAAUCCCGGAGCUUUUGUGGGGAUAA